CUUCGAAAUACGUGUGUUUUUUAUUCUUCACUUUUUUCGUCUCAUUUCACUAACAAUCAUGAAUAUGUUUGGAGUAAGAACACAACAAUCCUAUUUGCUCUUUCUUGUUGUUGUAGCUUUGGGUUUGUUUUUAUAUUCAGUUGAAUCCGUGAGAUUUGAUUUGCCACAUGGUAAGGCCGCUAGAUGCUUCUCUGAAGAAGUAAGGCAACAUUCGAUGAUCUUUUGUAACUAUUCCAUCGUCAAUCCUAAUAAGGAUCUCCCUUUGCCGGCUGAUCACACCAUUGCUGUUGAGGUGACUAGGAAUGGAAAUAAGGAAUCGCCGCAUCUUGCAAAGCGUGUUCAAUCAGGACAAUUUUCAAUUAUGGCAUAUCGAAGUGAUCUCUAUGUGAUAUGUUUUGUGGAUACAACUGAAAAUUCCCAAGUAACUCUCUCUGUUGAUUUUGAGUGGAAAACUGGAGUAAAAACUGUGAAUUACCCCACUGUUGCAAAGAAAAGCUACAUUGAUAAAUUGGCAAUUGAGGUACAAAUUUUGUAUGAGACUGCUUUGUCCAUUAAGGAGGAGACGUCAUAUCUUAUUCAGAGAGAUGUAGAAAUGCUAGAGAUCAAUUGGAUAACCGAUACCAGAAUGUGUCACUUGAUUUUUGUUUCAUUUCUUAUCUGCUUCUCAGUAGCAGGGUUGCAACUAUGGCACUUGAAGAACUUUUUUGAGAAAAAGAAAAUCAUAUAAUAUUUUGUUAUAGUUUAAUUAUACUCUUUUUCUUGUAUGUGGUAUGUAAGUUAUUUUGUUAUAGUUG